AUGAAAAAACUCACAUCGUCUCAUCGGAAAGCAUUGUUUUCUAAAUUUCGGUGGUGGUUGGUGCACCACAAGCAAAAUCUCAUCAAGUUGUACCAAGCCACUCCUCAUUGCCGUGCAAUGAAUGGCCAUCGUGAUGAUAAAAAUAAUUGUACUCAUUCAUCGGCAUUAAUUUCUUAUAGGUCAUUCUCACGAUCACUCCGAUUCAUGGAUUCCGAAAAAACUGCAACUUCCUCCUCUUACAGACAGAUUCAAUCACCAACCAACAUUGUACAUUUUGCCUUCUCUCAAGAAGAGGAUUUGCUUACAGAAUCUCCCAAGGAUGGAGUUUAUUAUAAGGAUCAUCUCAUUGUAUUGAAUACGCCGUAUUUGGACCAAAAGUUAUUUCCGAGAGAAUUAUUUGAAGGUUUAUGGAACUCGUGUCGAUGGAAGUUUUGUGCAGAUGGAGGAGCCAAUCGAUUGUUUAAAUAUACGGAUUGGAAAGUGGACAAUUUGAUGAGUGUUGGUUGGUCAGAGACAACAAAUUCCCAAAAACAAUACGUUCCAGAUGUGAUUUGUGGAGAUUUAGAUUCUUUGGAUCCAAUUAUUGGACAGUUUUAUUCAAAAUUAGGAACAAGUCUUAUGAAAAUCUCAGAACAAGAUUCCAAUGAUUUACAGAAAUGUGUCAGCAUUUUGAAAGAAAAAAUAUUGAAUGAUGCCAUUAGUAGUGGAACCACAUGCAAGAAUGCAGAGGAAAAAUCCAAUAUUCUAAAACAACCGCCAACACAACCACCCAUGCGUACCAUAUUUCAUAGAGUUUUUAUCAUUGGAGGCGGUGGUAGGCUCGAUCAAGAAAUGUGUGACCUCAAUACACUAUAUAUUGAGGCAAUGGCAGGGAUGUGCUCGUCAUCAGCUUCGGUCUCGCCUGAGAACAACUCACCAUCUCUCACCAUCAGGAAGGAAGAGGUGGUGGCUCAGGAGGAACAUCAUUAUCAUCAUCAAACCACCACUCGUUCCAUUAUCACAACUAGUACAGAAAAACAUGCACUCCAAUUCAUUUUGGUUACACCAUACAGUUUGGUUCAUGUUCUCACACCAGGAAGGCAUGAAAUUUACAGAAAUUCAAAAUGGGAGCGAUCUACUUGUGCCUUGGUUCCAAUUGGAAUUCCCUGUCGGCAGGUAGUUACAAGCGGCUUGAAAUGGAAUUUAAAAGGAGAAAGUCUUGAGUUCGGGGGACUUGUCUCUACUUCGAAUCGUAUGCUAACAGAUUGCGUCACUGUUCAAAAUUCUCAUCCAUUAUUGUGGAUUACAAGUUUAAAUAAUCGAACGGAAGAAGAGUGCUGA